AGGUAGCAGCGGGGCUGUUGGGAACCGGCGUGUCAGGCAUUCGCUGAACCUGAACCUGGACCGAGGGACGACUCCCUACAACACAGAACCGGCUCGCUCGCUCGAGAAAAGGAGGAUCCUCACUCGCCUUUGUCCGGCAUCCAAAUGCCCUGCUCCUGGAAGCGACCCGGGCUUCUGUCGGUGUAUGAGCCCAUGCCCACCACGGCCUCCUGUGGCAUCGAAAUGUUCAACGUCACCACACAAGUCCUCGGGUCUGCCCUUAACGGGACUCUUUCGGAGGACAACUGCCCAGACACCGAGUGGUGGAGCUGGCUCAAUGCCACCCAGGCCCCCUUCCUCUGGGUCCUCUUCCUGCUGGCCGCACUGGAGAACCUCUUUGUUCUCAGCGUGUUCUGCCUGCACAAGAACAGCUGCACUGUGGCCGAGAUCUACCUGGGCAACCUGGCAGCCGCGGACCUCAUCCUGGCCUGCGGGUUACCCUUCUGGGCCAUCACCAUCGCCAAUAACUUCGACUGGGUGUUUGGAGAGGUGCUGUGCCGCAUGGUAAACACCAUGAUCUACAUGAACCUGUACAGCAGCAUCUGCUUCCUGAUGCUCGUGAGUAUCGACCGCUACCUGGCGCUGGUGAAGACCAUGUCCAUGGGCCGGAUGCGCGGGGUGCGCUGGGCCAAACUCUACAGCCUGGUGAUCUGGGGCUGUACGCUGCUUCUGAGUUCGCCCAUGUUGGUGUUCAGGACCAUGAGGGACUACCGCGAAGAGGGCCACAACGUCACCGCCUGUGUCAUCGUCUACCCGUCCCGCUCCUGGGAGGUGUUCACCAACGUGCUGCUGAACCUGGUGGGUUUCCUCCUGCCCCUGAGCGUCAUCACCUUCUGCACGGUGCGCAUCUUGCAGGUGCUGAGGAACAAUGAGAUGAAGAAGUUCAAGGAGGUCCAGACGGAGAGGAAGGCCACCGUGCUGGUGCUGUCCGUCCUGGGGCUCUUCGUGCUAUGUUGGGUGCCCUUCCAGAUCAGCACCUUCCUGGACACGCUGCUGCGUCUCGGCGUGCUGUCGGGAUGCUGGGACGAGCACGCCGUAGACGUCAUCACGCAGAUCAGUACCUACGUGGCCUACAGCAACAGCUGCCUCAACCCGCUGGUGUACGUGAUCGUGGGCAAGCGCUUCCGGAAGAAGUCCCGAGAGGUGUACCGGGCACUGUGCCAGAAGGGAGGCUGCAUGGGAGAACCCGUCCAGAUGGAGAAUUCCAUGGGGACUCUGAGGACCUCGAUCUCCGUGGAAAGGCAGAUCCACAAGCUGCAGGACUGGGCAGGGAACAAACAGUGAACAGAAGCCACCAGGCAGGACAACUGCCAAGUGUGUGAGGACUGAUGGGUUCAGGAAGGAACUUGAAGCAUCCUAGGCAGCCCCAGGGAAUCAGGCAGGCGACUGCAGCCCUGUCUCAUGGCAUAAGCAUGCUGUGGGGAAUGGGUACCCCGGAGCACAGCAGGAUCAUUCUUAUUGACUGGCGCUCUAAUACCCCCAUGAAUGGAGGGGUCAUGGGUACAGGUGGGAGUGACAGAGCUUCCUUCCCUUUGGGGGAAGGACAGAUCUCCUGCCAGCUUUGGCCCUGUGGCCACAUGCACAGUAGGCAUGGCAGCCUCAUUUCCCAGUUUCAAGGGUAUAAGAUUUAUUGGUCUUCUGAAGGUUAAAGUCUACGGAGUC